AUGGCGCAAAUAACCAUCUCGGCGGCCGCGGCACAACUACUACCACUGCUACUGAUGCUGUUCUCCGUUGGAGCGUCGGCGGCUGAGGAUGAUCCGCGGCCGAUGAUCGGGAUGCCCAACUGCGUCACGUCGUGCGGCGGCGUGGACGUGCCGUACCCGUUCGGCCUUGGCCCGGACCCCAGCUGCUACCUGCCAGGGUUCAACCUCACCUGCGACACUGCCGCCGGUGACGCGCAGGCACGGCUCCUGCUCGACGUCGAGGGCACUCUCCAAGUCCUUUCGAUCAGCAACUCCAUUUUAAGGGCCCAACGCAACGGUGACGUUAAAAUCGACUUGGACGCUGAUGGUUACGGCAGCAGCACGUUCAGCACCGGGCUUAGGCAAGACGGGCCAUACAUGCUCUAUCGGAACGAGCUCUUUCUGACGGGCUGCAACGUUCAGGCGACGGUGAGGAGAGGCAACGUCGCCGUGGCAAGCUGUACCUCGCUCUGUGAGCACUAUGAUCAUCCUGCUGAUUCACUCGUAGGAGGCGUCGUGCUCUAUUGCAAGGGUAGCACCGGCUGCUGCCGCGCGGACAUCGUCACCAACCCCGACAUCCACGACGAAGAGGCCCAAGUAUACAGCAGCAGCAACACGUCCGGCUACGACGUGCAGCUCAGAUGGUUGGGUCGUGGGAACCGUAGCGCGGACCUGAAGCGAUUCCCCCCGCGGGUGUUCAUCUCCGAGCGUGGGUGGUUCAGCAACGUCUCAGUCUAUAAUGAUAUGCUACGGACAGCUAAGCUCCCGUCAAAAGAUAUAAUGGCAGUUCCCAUUUAUCUGAACUGGGUGGUUGUCGGCAACCACAGCCUCUGCAAGGGCAACCACAGCCAAUGCGUCGAGCCAACAGGGGGUGGCCGUUACUGCCUGUGCAAAACGGGUUACCACGGCAAUCCCUACCUCACCGACGGAUGCAAAGAUGUGAACGAGUGCGAAUUGGCAGAAGCUAACGGUUGCUACGGUGAAUGUACAAACGCUGAAGGAACGUUCACAUGCCAGUGCCCGCUAGGAACAAUUGGGAACCCUGCCAUACCGGGUGGGUGUGUAUACCCAACGGUUUCCUUAGGUCAUCAUCAUCUAAGUAUAAGCAUCAUCCUUGGAGUUGCCAGUGGUGCGGGCCUCAUACUUUUGGUUCUCUUUGCAUACGUCAUUUUCGAUAAAGUUAAGCACCAAAGGACACAAAAGUUAAAACGAAAGUUUUUCGAGCAAAACCGUGGUCAAUUAUUGCAACAAUUGGUAUCUCAGAGAGCUGAUAUUGCGGAAAAAAUGAUCAUAACCUUGGAAGAGCUAGAGAAGGCAACAAACAAUUUUGAUAAAGCUCGUGAGCUUGGCGGUGGUGGGCAUGGUACUGUGUACAAAGGGAUCUUAUCAGACCUCCACGUCGUAGCCAUCAAGAAACCAAAGAUGGUGGUUCAAAAAGAGAUCGACGAGUUUAUUAAUGAGGUUGCUAUCCUAUCACAGAUUAAUCAUAGGAAUGUAGUAAAACUCUAUGGUUGUUGCCUUGAAACGGAAGUUCCAAUGUUGGUCUAUGAGUUCAUAUCCAAUGGAACACUUUACGAUCAUCUUCACAUCGAAGGACCAAGGUCAUUGUCAUGGGAUGAUAGGCUAAGGAUAGCAAUUGAAACUGCCAAAUCAUUAGCCUAUCUUCACUCCAUGGCUUUAAUACCUAUCAUCCAUAGAGAUAUCAAGUCCUCUAACAUACUUUUGGAUGAUACCCUAAUAGCAAAGGUAGCAGACUUUGGAGCUUCAAGAUACAUUCCAUUGGAUAAAUCAGAUGGUCUUGUGGCACAUUUCGUUACCUUGUUUGCAGAAGGCAAUUUGUCACAGAUAUUGGAUCCACAAGUUCUGAAUGAGAGUGGCAACACAAUUGAAGAAAUUGCUACAAUUGCAGUAGCGUGUGUAAAAUUGCGAGGAGAGGAACGUCCAACCAUGAGACAAGUGGAGCUGAGAUUGGAAGGCGUUCAAUCACCCGAUGAACAUGUCAUGGCGGUGGUUGGGGAAUUUGAAGCAAAUGGUAUUGACAGGAGUUCUCUGCUAACCAGAGAUGAAAGAAGCACAGAGGGAUUGACCAGGCAAUACAGUAUGGAAGAGGAGUGCAUAUUGUCUUCUAGAUAUCCGCGGUAG